AUGGCGAAGCGGAAGGGAGACGCUGAGCCGGAGAAACCUGAGGGAAAAGCGCAGCGUGUGAACACCUGGACGGACUUCAGCAGCAGCGAUCCGCUCUACGCGCUGAAGGGCGAGGUAGCCACCGCGUCGCUGGUGGACGACGCCGGUGCCGUGGACGAUGUGAAGAUGGCGCAGUAUUUGGAGGUUUUGGUGGUGCAAAAAGCUGCACAGAAGCCCAAAGAUUGGCUGGAAUUCUGGCAAGCUCUGGAGCUCCCGGUGCAGGGUCCGCAGCAAGCGGCGGUGCUGGGGUCCAUCAUCCACUUCUGCUUGGACCAUGCGCCCGUGGGAGGCUUGGGCCCCAUCCUCGCGGAGCUGAUCAAGGGGCACCGAGUGAAGACCAAGGUGGUGGAGGACGCCUUGGAGGCCACCAUGGUGGGACGCGAAGAUUCGGAGGGCGUCCUGCGUGAGAUGCUGAUACGGAUCUUUCCGAAGGGUCCUCAAUCCGAAUGGGGCUGGAGUCGCACUGGAUGGAGCUGGCAGGAGUGGUGGAAGAUUGUCCAGAAAACCAUGAGUGUGUUGCACCCCACCUCCGGCUUCGUGGAGCUGGGUCUGCUGUUGGAGCGCCUGGAGGCUGAAGCGCAGCUGCCCCUGGUGGAGCAGCCGACCUGGACCCAGCCGCGCCUUAAAAAGGCUCGGGAACUGCUAUGCGAACUUGGCGGCUUGGAAGACUGGGAGUUGGAUUCCUGUUUCAACGCUCGCCUGCGAUGA